CAGAGCUGCCUUUCUAAGCUGAGCCGUGCGUUCCUACUUCAGUGGCCUCGCUGGCCUCGCGCGAGUCUCACGUGGGUCCUCGGUCAUGGCCAGCUGGGUGUUCUGUAAUCGCUGUUUCCAGUCGCCGCACAGGAAGUCGUCCUUCAGCCUGACCAGCUGCGGGCACGUGUACUGCCACUCCUGCCUCCUCAAAGGUACAAAGAAUGAAUGCGUAAUCUGUCAAGCUCCUUGUCAGACAGUUCUACUCUCAAAACAUACAAACUCCAAUAUCCAGACAUUCUUUCUGGGCAUAGAUGGUCUAUGUAAGAAGUAUUCCCAGGAGACCUCUCAGAUUUCAGAAUUUCAAGAAAAACACAGGAGGAGGUUAGUAGCUUUCUAUCAAGAAAAGAUUUCUCAGUUGGAGGAGUCCCUCAGAAAGUCAGUACUACAAAUCAAGCAACUACAAAGUAUGAGAUCAUCACAACAACCAGCUUUCAACAAAAUCAAAAAUUCAGUUUCAACAAAGCCAAAUGGAUAUCUCUUUCUACCACCCAACUCUUCACUCCCUGACAGAAUAGAGUCAAUGGACAUUGACCUGACUCCUCCAGCAAGAAAGCCUGAGAUGUCAGCAGGCCCUUCAAGAAUCUCUGUGAUUAGUCCACCUCAGGAUGGACGCAUGGGCAGCGUCACCUGCAGGGGACCCCAGCAUCUUAGCUUGACACCCAGCCAUGCAAGCAUGACAAAGGCUAGCAGAGUCCCACCAUUGCAGAUGCCCUACAAGGAGCUGUCACCACCUCCAGCAUCACAGCUAUCCAGCAGAGCAACACAAGGGCCUUCCCCCAGUGUCAGCAGUUCAUGGACAGGACCACCUCGGCAGCCCAUCAGUAUCUCAGGCCUGCUGCAGAGACAGUGUGCAGGAUCAGCAUCCCCUAGGGGGAUGGAUACUGAGAAGAUGAGCCCAUUCUUGCCUUCCACACCUACAAAUCUACGCUCUGUAGCCAGCCCCUGGCAUGCAUGCGUUCAUCGAUCUCUGCAGAGCUGUGUUCUGCCCUGAAGUCAAGUUGCAGAUGAGACCUGUUGCUCUGUUGGAGAGUGGGCCCUUCCUAUGGGAGGCAUUUGGCACUCAUAGGUAAGUGGCAUGUGCCUCAAUCCUAGUCCUUGCAUCUCUCAGAGUUCAACACCACAGGAACUAAGAAGGGGGUUGUGGUGCUCACUCUACUUCUUUACUUUCUAUUUGCCUGUAGUUUGUCAGAGAACUUGUCUGGUUCUGUAGAAGACAUUAACAGCAGAAAGAAGUAACUUUCCACUCUGCAGCUAGGCUAAGGUGCAGGCAGGCUGCCCACUGGACUACUCCAGUGGUAUGUGACCUCUGUGGAUGCUGUUGCUAGAAUUGCAUCUUCCCAGUCCUCAGGAAAUGAUGCUUGGGCUGCUGAGCAGGGAUAAGCCUCAUUUCUGCUGUCCCAGGAAGUGUAUAUGACCCAGGCAUGGUUGUCCCCCAGGAAUGUACUUGAUCCCAGAAAUAUGUGAUGAGUGUUCAGAAAUCUUGUAGUAACAUACCUGUUCUAAGUUGUUUUCAUUCACAAUUUGAUUGUAAAAAUACUGUAAUAAAAUCUUUGUGAACUUCAUGCAAUAUAUUUUGAUCAUACCACAUACUCUUCUCCUUUAAAAAUAUUUACAUUCGUUUACUUCAUUUAUAUGAGUAUCUGUAUGAGUAUCUGUACGUGUAAAGAAUAGGACUCUGACAAGUCUAGAAGAGGGCAUCGGGUCCCUUAGAGGUGGAGUUAUACACAUUUAUGAACAGCCUAACAUGGAUGCUGGCAUCUGAGCUCUGCCCCUCAUGAUUGAGCUAAAAGCAUUCUUUUUCUAGUUAUUUGGUAUAGUUGAGGGGCGGGGUAUUGGUUU